UUAGUUGUAAAUAAAAAUAAAAUAACUAGAAAUAAAAAUGUCUGGUGCCGGUAGAAAAAUGCAGUUAUGAAAAACGGUUUGAAGAAAUACCUGCAAAGUUUGGUAAAAAGGGUAAUAAAGCUAAAUGUAAAAGCUGUGGUGUACAAAUGCAAGGUUUGGUUGCUCGAAUGAGAUACCACAAAAUGUAAUUUUGGUAAAUGUAAUUUUCUGAAAGAUGUUUAAGAUAGAGAAAACAUUAUUAUUUGUCAAGACAAAUAUCAACCAGGCAACUGAAGAACCACAAGCUAGUCAAUGUUCUGUAAAGAAAACUGAAUAUAGCCAAUCUGUUUUGUUCCCAUGUUGUUGAAUUGUUUAACAAUCUGUCAAAAAGAAGAAAAUUAAAUUCUGAUGAAAAAGAAGAUGUUUGUCAUCUUUUGUGCAAGUGGCUUAUUAAAGAUCAAGUUAUGAAGGAAACUUUUUUAGGUAAAAAAAUUACUCUCAAAGAUCUCCAUAACUUAGCCGCAAAACAGUAAGGUACCACAGAUUUAAAAUCACUAUUUGCCGUCUUUCAAGAAUGUAAUGUUCUACCUUGACAUUCUACACUACGACAUGACAUUAGUUUAGUAAAAAAUUAUAAUCGACAUUAUUUAGGUAACAGCACUUUUGUUUGUUUUUUUGGCAUUACAAAGUAAUUAUGUAUAUGUUGAGAAUUUGUGUAAUAAUUUAUUGACAUUUAAGUAAUUAUUGUUUUUUGUUUCAGGUUUUGACUAUUUCUAUCUCUACUCUUGAAAAUAAUGUAUUAUUCUUCAAUAAUAUGGGAGUAUACUGCUUAAAUGAAAUAAUAUAAAAUGCAUAUCAAACUAAAAAAUUAUAUUUAAACUUACUUUUAACAAUAUUUUUAUGUAAAGAUGGUCUUGUUAUCAAAAUAAAUUAUUAUACUAUAGUAUAUCAGAUUUAUUAACAUAGACAAAUAUAGCCUCAAAAUGUUACUAGGAUAAGGCUACAUGUGCUAGGUCUAUGUUUUGUGAAUCCAGACCCAGCGCAGUAAUAAAGUAGUAAACUUAUCUAACUAUUUACUAAAUGUCAGGAAAAUAUGAUAGUUUGAUAUGGCAAUAUAAUGGCACUAGCUUGCACUUGAGGAAGUAGCUUCAUGAAGAGCAAUUUCAUAUCCACAUUUAAGAGGGGAUUAUGCACCAGAGUUUGUCCUCCUAAUAAAUUUAUAUUCUCUUUAACCACAGACCUUCUUCUGCCCCAAUGUUCUUUUUCAAUGUAAUUUGAUUUUCAUUUAAAAUAAAGCACAAAUCUGUUGAAUAUAUAACUUUUUUUCUAAUAGGACCAGAUUUUGAACUUAGAACAGAUGAAAAUGUUAUCAUAACUGGAAUAUUUUUCAAGACUCUGAAAUGAAGUGAUUUUUUUGGUUUAUAUCCCGAGUUACUUUUGGUUGAUGCAACUUAUAAGCUUACUAAUUUGAGAAUGCCUUUAUACGUUCUUCUUGUAGUCGGACCAAAUGGCGAAAGUGAAAUUGCAGCUAUAUUUUUAACUGCAUCAGAAGACUGUGUUUUUCUUUCAACAAUGUUUGAAAUAUUCAAGGAAAAAAAUAAAUAAACUGGAGUAAGAUAUUAUCUGUUUUUACUCGCAAAGACAUGACAGAGCGUGAAUGCAUUAAACAUGCAUUUCCACAAAUUAAUUUAUUGUUGUGUAUAUUUCAUGUUUUGCGUUGUAUGAGCAGAGAAAUAACAACAUCAAAAAUGAAUAUAUCUGAAGCUCAAAGACUGGUUGCUUUAAAAACUCUCCAAAAUAUGACAUAUGCAACUACUGAGAAGGAAUAUGAAGCGUAGCGUGAUGAGUUUCACAAAGUUAUGCCACCAUCUGUUGUUAAGUAUGUUGAAGUUAAUUGGCAUGCUUGUAGGUUCGAGUGGGUGCGUUGUUGGCAGCAACAAAAUGUAACUUUUGGAGAAUGCACUACUAAUCGUCUUGAAUCUAUUAAUAUUAGAAUUAAAGCUGUUGUUUCUUUGUUAAGUCCUUUACCUAUAUUCUUCAAAGAUUUGCUUACUGUUAUAGCCUGCAUGCGAUAAGAAAGAGACCAUAAAUAUAUAAAGACAACAGAACGGGUUCCUGUUAGUGCAGUCACAAGUUUUCAAUAUGAACGUGAUUAUAAAAAUAUAUUAACUCUGUUUGCUUUUUCUUUUGUUAAAUCUCAGCUCGAUGAAUCUGUCAGUAUAGAUGGGGAGUUAGCAAAUGAAGUCAUACAAACUUCUGGAAAAAUUGAAACACUAUCUGAGAACAGCUGCGAUUGUUUAUUUACAAAGUCUAUGGGUUUGUCAUGCAAACACAUGUUUGCAGCUAGAAGAAUUAAGAAAUUGCAAAUGUUCUCUGCAAAUUGUAUUGCUCCUAAAUGGUUUAAGGAAAAAGUGCAGAAAAAUCAUCGCGUUUUUCUAAAGAACGAUCAACAUGAUAGCCAUAUAAAAUUUGCAAAGCUAAAGGAUAAACCCUUGACCCAUGUAGAAAAAUAUUGUCGCGCUAAUCGACUUGUACAGCAUUUAUCUGAUUUAGCAGCAGAAGGCGGAUCAUCACAGUUUGAAUGUAGAAUGAGGGUCUUGCAAAAUUUAGCAAGUAUUUGGGGUUCUAACAAGGAAGCUAAGGUAACUUCAAUUCAACAUCAAUUUGUUGAUUUUAAUAUUCAAAACGGAGUUUCCAAGUUGGAAAUGGAAGAUGAUAAAUUUAAGUCUGAACUGCAUGAAAGAAAACUUGAAAUAACAGAUUUAAGUGAACAAGUUGUUGAUGUUGUUAAUGUUGAAGAAGUUGAUAAAAACAGUUUUGAUCAAAACUAUAAAUUUGAAAGACCAGCUUGUAGUGGUAAAGUUGAAAACAAUGCAGUUCAAAACUAUAUGGGCUUUAUUAUUAAGAAACAUUUUGGAAAAAAUGAAAUCAAAACCUCCAUCUACCGCCGGAAAAAAGACAUGCUUGCAGUGAUAAAGUUGAAAGUAAUGCAAUUCAAAACUAUAUGUUUGAAAGAGCGGGUUGCAGUAGUAAAGUUAAAAGCAUUGCAGUUCCAAACUUUACGUUUGAAAGACCAGGUUUCAGUGAAGUGGAAAGCAAUGCAGUUCCAAACGAUAUGUUUGAAAGUCCAGGUUGCAGUGAUGAAGUUGAAAGCAACGUAGUUCAAAACUUUAUAGUUCCUUGUAAAGAAUUUAGAAAGGAAACUGGAAAACAUAAAAAAGAAAUUAUAAAUUUCAAUCAAAUGGGUUGUUUAGAUAAUUCAAAAAAAAAUAUCAUGUGAUUCUUCUAAAAUACCGGAGAACCAACUUGAUCUCUCCCAAAUUCAAUUUCCAUCCAAGUUUGUAUCAAGAGGGCGUCCUAAGUCAAUAA